AUGAAUAGGUCUCCCGACCCGACGGGAACAUGGAGGACCUACGUGCCACCGGAGGCCCGCGAGGCCGUGUUGCUGUUUCACCAUGACCACGACCUCGCGGGACAUCCGGGGGCAGAUCAGACCCACCGGGCCAUCGGGCAGUACUACCACUGGCCCGGGCGCAAGGCUCGGCGUGGGGACGGGGUGCAACAACAACAACCCCGCCUACCGUCGACGCCAUUCCAGACCAUCGCCCUCGACGUGAUGGGGCCCUACCCGCGCUCACCACGUGGCAAACGGUUCCUGAUCGUCAUCACGGACAUGUUCACCAGGUGGACCGAGGCCUACCCCUGCGGCAACUCCCGGGCGGCAACCAUCAUCGGCCUACUGACCCGCGAGUUCCUUCCUCGUUGGGGCUACCCCCAAUCCGCACUGACGGACAACGGCAGCCAGUUCCUGGGUGCACGUUGGAGGGACUGGUGUCGUGAGGCCCACAUCGACCACCACACGACGCCCUCCUACCAUCCAAGGGCGAACCCCACUGAGCGCCGGAACCAAGAGCUCAAGAUCCAGCUACGACUCCGCCUCGGGGACGAUCAUGCUCAGUGGGACAGCCACGUCGCCGACGCGCUCUUCUGCGUCCGGAGGCGCGUGAACGCCGCCACCGGCAUGACACCUGCGGAGAUGGUACAGGGCCACAACCUCCCUCUGCCCGGCGAGUGGGCCACCCACGGCGUCCCCCACCCCGAGGAGCGAGGGGGAGAACGCGACCAACGGCGCACAGCUGAACAUGAUGCCGCCCGGCAACAGCAGGAACAGUAUACCCAACAUAUCACCCCCCAGACCACCAGGGCACCACCCCCUCUACGGACGGGAGACCUGGUGUUCGUGCGGGUCCACCCGCUGUCCACCGCCCCGCGGAAUUACUGCGCCGGACUCGCACCCCGUUGGCGGGGGCCCUACGUUGUCCAACGCCGCGUGGGAGCGACCUCGUACCGGAUCAACCUGGGUGGUCGCCAUGUCCGGAAAAUUCAUCGAGACGACCUCCGGCUAGCGGCCGUACCGGGUGCCCCGCCGCCCGAUGGAGCGGAUGACGACGGCCCAGUGGAACCCCGAGACGACGAUGAAACAACUCCGGCCACCAUGAGCCCGACGCCGCAUGGGAUGGGCCCCGCGGACGAGCCCCACCCCAACCCAAAUGGAACCCCGGACCAGGCCGUUACCCCUCAAGGGGCUCAACGGGGCACCACGCGCCCCAAGAGGCUCUGCUUCGCCCCCACGACGGCAGGCGAAGAAGGCCACGGAGCUGGGCCCGCGUCUCAGAGGGGCGAGGGGUCGCCUGGCGAGAGAGUAGACCGCCCCCGCCGAAGACGACGCCGCCCUGCUCGGCGUCGGGGCUGUGUCCCCGACCGCGCCCCCGACGGGAAUAUGACGAGUCCCACAGGCGAAGUCCGCGUGACACGCCCAAGCGACGGCCCGGGAACCAGCACGGACAAUCGGCUCGGCACGUCCGGCCCCGGGACGCCAACGCCCGGGACCCCCCCAUCCGACCCGGCCACGGUCUUCAUGGGCCCCGACGGGGAUUCCAGCCGGAGCACGAAUAGGCCACGACGGGAGCGCCACCCUCCGACGUGGCUCCAGGACUAUGUGCUCGACGACGGCGAGCCAGGCGCCGCAACGCCGCCGCCCGACCCGGCAGCCACUGUCGCGUCGCCCCGCAGCGAACCCGCCGGACGUGAACACUCCCCAAACCGGGAGAGCUCCAUCGCCCACGACGUGGCCCUACAAGGGGGAACGGACCGGGAUUGGUCAGGCCAGUGUCGAAUUACGGAGGCGACGCCGUCGGAGCUCAGGGACCUUGACGGGAACAUGUCCGACGCGAACCCCGUCAUCACGGAACCAGACGAGCCACUAAGCAUUGCUACGGGAAGGCCACGACGGGAGCGCCACCCGCCGACGUGGCUCCAGGACUAUGUGCUAGACGACAGCGAGCCAUUUUUGAAUAGCAUAUCAACUAUUUCUAAGAAGUAG